UAGUUGAAACAUCUCGGAAACCUAUGUUCCAAGAAGCUGCAUUUUACCCGGUUUCCCUCCACCUUCGCUGCUUCACACCGCCGAGAUCGUGUGGUGCUAUUGUCUUCUUUCUCCUACUUUGGGAUGCGUUGCAUUCCAAUUGUGAACAUCCGGAAUGAUUAUCUCAAUUUGCAAGACACAGAUACAAGGAUUAAGAGAUCGAGACGAAGACCAAGGUCUGUGACCUUUGAAAAUUUAUCAAGGUUGAGAGACAUUGGACGGAAGGAGGGAACUGAACUUGUGAAGAAAAGAAGAUUUAAAGCCAUGAACUGGAUUCAACGCAAGAUCUACAUGUACAAUGUUACUUUUGGAAUGUACAUGUUGGAUAGGUGGGAGCGUUACUUAUUUAAUAUAUUGGUGAUCAUCCUGCUAUGGUUUGUUUUCUACAAUGGAUCACGAUCUGCAGCUGAGUUUUACAAAAGCUAUCUCAAGGUUCAGCUUGGAAUCGGCGAGUAAUCCUGAUUGUUGAAGGUAGAAUGGAAGGGUGAAUUCCCCCCCCCCCCCCUCUUUAUUGUAGUAUCUGGUUUGAUCAGGAUUCAGUCUUUGGGAUUUGUUAAUAUUUUUUACCACAUUGGCAGACUAAUAACAUGAAGAGAACCGCACCAGGAGACAGUUUUCCCCAUUAAAAGUUUCCUGGGAAGUAGCUGUCCUAUGUCUGAUAGUAUUAUGAACUUGGAUUGCUUCUGUAAGGGCACAUUUGGGUAAGCGGGUUUCUGUGUUUUUGGUUUUGAAAAGUCAGCCUUUCAACUUUAAAAGGUAUCCAAUAAAAUUAAAAUGUCUAGAAUCUCAA